GCCAGUUCUCUUAAACUCACAAUGCAUAUGACUCAAUUAUUAUAUUCAACCUUUCUGCUCUUGACUCUGUGUGGAUUUGUCAGUGGAUAUGCGAUCUUACAGCCACAUUCUUCAGUGAGGAUACAGUUAGGAUCCGCCACAACUUUGCACUGCCAUUUCCACUCAGAAGGCUACUGUGCAUUACUUUGGUUAAAAGUUCCUCUUCAAGGAGCUCCUGUCCAUAUAGCUAAUGUACAUUCACAGAGAUGUGAUAUGAAAAUGUUUGGGGAAUUUAGAAAUAAUUCCAGAGUCAGAGUUAUUUUGAACGGAAGGAACUUCAGCUUGUCAUUUUUGCGUACGGAAAUUACGGAUGUUGCAAAAUACAUUUGUGGAAUUCAAUGUUAUGAUCACAUACAGUUUGGAAAUGGGAGUAAGCUGAUUGUUGAAGAAACAGCUGGAAUUGAGCCAACACUUCCAGCUGAAAAUGAAGAAAACAUAAAACGGUGCAUUUAUUACUAUGCCGUGCCAGUACUAUCAGCGACAAAUGUGGCAUUAAUUGUAAUCACAAUUGCUCUCAUUUAUCGCCUAAUAAAAAAGAAAAAAUCAGAUAAAAAACCAAUCCAUGGUGAAGAUAAAAGGAAUACAGAUGAUGUGAUCUACAGUAAUCUAACAUUCUCAAGCAACUUAGAUUAUAUCCCAGUAAGACCACAAAGACUAAGAAGAACCAGCGAGGAAGUCGUAUAUCAGGCUUUGAAAAUCUGAACGAGAAAUCACUUCCCCCCCUUAACUAAUCACUAAUCAAUCAUUCCAUUAUUUAUAUUCUGUAUGUUAAAUGAAUUUGAAUUUGAAUUGAUAAAUCAAUUACACAUUAUAUAAGUAAAUUGAUAAAUCAAUUACAUUAUAUAAGUAAUAAACAUUCAUCUUCAAAAAGCCAAGCUGACUUUUCACAUUUAUCAGCAUGAAUUGCAUUACAACAUAGAAACAAAAUGUUUAGUUAUGUGUUAAUAAUUGGUUAUCUUUGUUCUACUGUGUCUAUUUGUAUAUUAGCUCAAGAUUUUAACUAAUAUUUUUUGUUAUUUUAUUUGAAGGAAAGUGGUGAUGUGUGCUUUUUAAUGACUAUGUUAUCACUGUAUAUAUCUUAUUUUAUA